CUCAAAAAUAGUUCAGAUCUGCUUUCCAUCCUGGUCCAGGCAGGAUGGCUCCCGCAAAGAAGGGUGGCGAGAAGAAGAAGGGCCGCUCUGCCAUCAACGAAGUGGUGACCAGAGAGUACACCAUCAACAUUCACAAGCGUAUCCAUGGCAUGGGCUUCAAGAAGCGUGCCCCUCGGGCACUCAAGGAGAUCUGGAAAUUUGCCAUGAAGGAGAUGGGAACCCCAGACGUGCGCAUUGACACCAGGCUCAACAAAGCUGUCUGGGCCAAACGCAUAAGAAACGUCCCCUACCGAAUCCGCGUCUGGUUGUCCAGAAAACGUAACAAGGACGAAGACUCACCAAACAAGCUCUAUACAUUGGUUACCUAUGUCCCUGUCACCACUUUCAAAAAUUUACAGACAGUCAACGUGGAUGAAAAUUAAUAGCUGACCAUCAAAUAAAAUUAUAAAGCUGCCAAAAAAAAAAAAAA